CCCCAUGUUCUCCUUCCCCCUUCAUGUUCCCACUCCAUAACAUCAUCUCUUUCUCUCUCUUUCUUGCUCUCCAUCCAUAAGGGUACCCUCUGACUUUCUCUCUCUCUAUUUCUCUCCCUUUCGAUAACAGGAUCGAGCAAGAUAGAGCAGACCACAUCAUUGCAUAUAUAUUUGCAUAAAGGAAACCCCAUCCAGGCCAGUGAUUUUGACUUUAAUUUUGUACGUAAACGUUGCAUGAUGAACAUGAUUUCCGGCAACGGCAUCAUGGCGGCGGCGUUUGUCCCUCCCCUCCCGCCGGCGCCGGAAACUUCCAUUACAUUCCAAAACCCAGAAGAAACCCAAUACCUCUCUCAUCAUCAUCAUCAUGACUUCAACGGCGGCGGGAAUAAUGUUUCGUCGCUGUUAAUGAUGAGGAGAUCGGUGUCGUUCACGGGGGGCAUGGAGAGGCCGUGGGAGAAUCAGAAUCAUCAAGAGCUUCUUAGAGGUGGGGACGAUGAUACGACGUCGGACGACGGGUGCUCGCAGCUGGGGGAGAAGAAGCGGCGGCUGAGCUUGGAGCAAGUGAAGGCGCUGGAGAAGAGCUUCGAGGUGGGUAACAAGCUGGAGCCGGAGAGGAAAAUGCAGCUGGCUAGGGCUUUGGGUUUGCAGCCCAGACAGAUCGCUAUUUGGUUCCAGAACAGACGGGCCAGGUCUAAGACUAAGCAAUUGGAGAAGGAUUAUGAUUUGUUGAAGAGACAAUUUGAGGCCCUCUCUGCUGACAACGAUGCCCUUAAGUCUCAGAACAAAAAGCUCCACUCAGAGCUGCAGUUAAUGGCACUGAGGAACAGGGAAUCAAAGGGGAGUGGACCACCCAGCAGCACUACCAUGAUUAUUAAUCUGAACAAAGAAACAGUAGAGGGUUCUUGGAACAACAACAACAACAACGUAAGUGAGAACAACAGCAUUAUUGAUGUUAAUCUGGGCAGCGCCACCACCACAGCGGACAGCCCACUCUACUCCAACAAACAUCAUCAUCAUCAUGUCUUGCCGCCACCGCCUUCCUCAAUUUCCCAAACAAAUCUGCAUCAUCAUCUGCUUCACCCCUCCUCCUGCAAUAAUAAAGUCUCCGACCAAUCUCCUGUUCAAGAUGAAGGGUAUUGCAAUAUGUUCGGCGCCGCCAUGGACGAGCAGGCCGAGUUCUUGGCCAUGGCCCCAGCUUCUACAACUUUUCCAUUGAGCUUCUCCUUCUCCUAGAACCCCAAUAUGUUAUGAUGUAUCAAAUUUUAAUGGGGGUUGUAGAAAUAGUAGUGUUUUUCGAAUUGAAUUGAAGCAGGCAGGGAGGCAGGGAGGCCACUUGGAAUGGAUCGAAAAGAGAAUAUAAUUAAAAAUGUAUGUAUUUAUGUAUGUGUGGUACAGAUAAGGGAUCUGUUCAUGUUCCAUGCAACAUCAGAAAAUGCUGCUUUAGUGGGUCUCUCUUCUCUGGCAUGGGUCAUCAUAUACUUGCUGUUGUUUAAUUAAUUGAUCAAAGAAAGAAAAGGGGGAAAAAAAGGUUAGUUGGA